AUGGGACGAGGUAAGUCACCGAGUGCUUCAGUAGGUAAAGGAAAUGGAGUUGGGUCAAGAAGAGGCCAAAAAUCAUCUGAAAACGGUAGAAUAAGGAAAAAUAAGGCAGUAAAGAGGAUGAGGAAAUCGUCUUUAAGUAAGGCUCAGGAAAAGUUUCGAGUUUUUAACCAGGUAGAUGAGCACGUUAACAAAUACGAGAAUUUAGAACUCGACGCGAGUGAUUCUGAAACUCACAAGAAGAAAAAGAGCCAUGUAUCUAACGAUAUCCUUGUGAUUGAUGAAGAGGAUAACGAGGACGGAUAUGACGAUUAUGAUGGACAUUACGACAGUCCUAGACCAUCGGUGCCCGUAGUAGACCUGGAUUCCGACCGUGAAGAGUCACAAACGACGGAACCAACUCCACAACUCAGUGUUGCUAGUUCUGAGAAUGGGCUAGAGGCCAACGAGGACUUUAUUGCAUUAUCUAAUAGUUCAGAGGAUGAGAAGGAUGAGAAGGAAGAAGAGCAUGAAACAGUUGAGGAUGAUAAGUUGCCAACAUCACCGAAGAGGACUUCUAACACUGAUUACCCUUGGAUUCUGAACCACGAUCACUCUAAGCAAAAGGAGAUAGCAGAUUGGCUUACUAUGGAGAUCAAAGAUUUUGUUGCGUACAUAUCGCCGAACCGUCAAGAGAUUGAAAUACGUAACAAGACAAUCAGUAAGAUACGGGCUGCAGUGAGAGAGCUAUGGCCUGACGCAGAUUUACAGGUGUUUGGCUCUUACGCCACUGAUCUUUACUUGCCAGGCUCAGACAUCGAUUGUGUGGUGAAUAGCAAAGGUCGGGAUAAGGAAAACAGGAAUAGUCUUUACUCGUUGGCAAGCUUCCUCAAAUCAAAGGAACUCGCUACAAGAGUCGAGGUGAUUGCGAAGGCCCGUGUUCCAAUCAUCAAGUUUGUUGAACCUCAGUCUCAAAUUCACAUUGAUGUAUCCUUUGAACGUAUAAAUGGUCUUGAAGCGGCAAGACUCAUAAGAGAAUGGUUAGAAGAGACACCAGGACUGCGGGAAUUGGUCCUGAUCGUCAAACAAUUUCUACAUUCUAGAAGGUUGAACAACGUUCAUACCGGUGGAUUAGGGGGGUUCAGUAUAAUAUGCCUCGUCUACUCUUUCUUACAUCUUCACCCCAGGGUGGUCUCUGAUGAAAUCGAUCCUCUUGAUAACUUGGGUGUUUUACUGAUAGAUUUUUUUGAGUUAUAUGGAAAAAAUUUCGGUUAUGACGACGUUGGUUUAACAGUUCAGGACGGACAUGCUGCAUAUAUCGCAAAGUAUGAUUGGAGAGAUUUACAAUCUGGUAGGAGCCCCUUCACCUUAGCAAUCCAGGAUCCCGGUGAUCCUUCCAACAACAUUAGUCGAGGCUCUUUUAACCUUCGAGACAUCAAGAAAUCAUUUGCUGGUGCUUUCGAUCUCCUAACGAAUAGAUGCUUCGAACUGGAUAUGGCCACUUUCAAAGAUCGGUUAGGCAAGAGUAUACUGGGUAAUGUGAUCAAAUACCGUGGCAAACUGAGAGAUUUCAACGAUGAAAGAGGUCUAGUUGAGAACAAAGCCAUUGUUGAGAACGAAAAGUACCACAAGAGGCGUAGCAGAAUCAUUCAUGAAGAAGUUUUCGUUGACCCCAGCAGCGACGAUGCGAUCAUUGAUGAGGAAGAAGAUAUGUACAAGGUUGAAGAACCUCCCAGGAAAAAAAGAUCAACAAAGAAAGCUAAAGCAGAGGAAAAGGCAAAGAAACCCAAAGCCGAAGAGAAAGAAAAAAAGCAGUCUGUGGACACCCUAAUGGGCAUAACGGCAGGCGAUGAAGAAGAUGAUGAUUACAAUCCGUUAGAUGCAAAAAGCGUUAAGGAAGAUACCGACAUUGGGGAAAGUGACGAAAGAUUGAAAAAGAUUACCGUUGACGCUCAAACCAGAAGGGAAUACUGGUUGGGAAAGAGUAACACACUAACAAAUGGCAAUAUCGAAUAG